AGUGGAUCUAGCCAUGGCCGAGGGAGAAUCAACUUCUUUUCCGAGCACUCAAAUGAGAGACCUUCCAAGGUCACCAACGACUAUAUCACCAUCUUCCUCCAGGAAAGACUCCCUUAGAUCAUCCAACAAUACUGAGAAGGAGUCGGCGCCCUCACCGCCACACACUCGUUUGAUGAAGAAGCGGGCGGCGUCUCUCGACACUGAUGCUGCCAACAAUCCUUCCAUUGCGAACCUCUCUCUCCACAGUGCCAGCCUCGAAAGCCCAUGGACUGAUUCAAAUAACCAAGUUUGUCUCUGCCAACCUGAUCCAAAGAUCCCCCGACCACGAAACGCUUUUAUUCUUUACCGUCAGCACUAUCAAGGGCAGGUUAUUGCACAAAAUCCAGGACUGGCCAACCCGGAAAUAUCAAAGAUCAUCGGGGCACAGUGGCAAGAGCAAUCUAUUGAAACUAAAAACGAAUGGAAGAGACUAGCCGAGGAAGAAAAGCACAGGCACCAGCGUCAAUAUCCAGAUUACAGAUAUCAACCCAGACGACCAGGGAAGCUCAACGGCCCCCGAUCUACAGCAUCGCCUGACGAUCCCUUGAGGUGUCCAAAGUGUAACGGUCGAUAUUUUUCAACGCCAGGCACACCUCUUACACCAUUACCACCUACUCCAUCGAUAGGAAACUACAACGAUAAAACUGCUCAUCCGUUCUCACGUGCGAUGGACUGCGAGGGUCGCUACACCACCGACUCCCCGGGGCCAUUCAACGAUUUUCGAACCGGCCCUCCCUAUCCACAGACACAAAACCGCCGCCCUCGAUUGCAUAUCGAGGAAGCAGGAGGCCAGUGGCAAGAUUCAGACACUGAGGUGCUUCACUCCCCGCGGGCUAAGCGACAUAGGCCCAACGACAAUCCAACCCCCUAUCCCACUCCAUCAUGGCCGAAUGGUCCACAGCGUAUAUCUCGCGUCCCCGUAUCGGCUGCAGCCUAUGAGCCUACCCGAAUUCCUAACCAACGCGUUGUGGCAUAUCACCAUCAUGGAAACCAUGGGAUGAUGGAGCCGCCUCCCCGCUCUACACCUAUAAGCGGUCAAUUCCCUCCUCAUACCCCCAGCCAUGUACGGCCUCAAAACCUGGACGACCUGCGCUUGCCGCCUCUGCAAACCAAGAUUCCCGUGCCAGGGUCAGCGCAACUACAGCAGCAUCAGUUCCACCAGCAACCGCAAAUACUGCGGAACAGCAACUCUCAGUCCGUUGAGGCUAUGGUUAUGACGAUCCCAUUCCUCAACAAGAUCCGCGUCCUCGCCAAAAUCGCUCCGCCACUGGCAGCACCAGGUCCCACGAGCCCAACGCAGGAAGUCCGCGGGCCAGUGGUUGCAGUGGAGGGAACAAACCAAAAGCUCGUCGCUGAGGUAGGGGAAUACAUCGAAAACUGUCUGAAACAGAAAGCAGAAUGCCUUGUCAAAACAUGGGCCAGCGACUCUCACGCCCUCUCGAAGCGCUCAGUAUCAACACCAACCGAUAUGUCCAUGUCCGGUACUGAGAAUAACGCUCCAGCGUCAGCCAGCAUCACAAGCAACAUCCAAAGCAGAGGCCCGAUAAACGACUACCUCGAAGCAAUCGGCACCUGGCACUCCAAGUCUGCUGAGAUCCGCAACUUCGUCUCCACGCGGCCCAUAACCACAACCCCUCCAAAAUCACCAGAGGGCACCCCAAAGUCACCAGCCCCCACCACAGCUCCGCGCCUCCCUAUCGCUCUGCUGCCGAGGGGAUUCUCGCUUUCCCUCUCCGACCGUGCUGCGAUCCAUAUCCCGAUUAACGAUGCGUAUGCGCCGGUGGACCACUGGCAGUGGAUGGCUACCUUGUGGCGGGGCAUUAUUGGCGUGGAUCUCACGGUGUAUGUGUGCAGCGGGGCGAUCGGGGAUGAGGAUGGAAGCCGUAGAGUGCAUCCGGGUAUGGGGGGAGUGGAGGUCAGGAAUGAUGCGAGGGCUAUUGUUGUUUAUGCUCCUGGUGGGAAGUUGGAGGAUAAGUGGUUGCGAAGGGUAGGGUUUGAGGUUGCUGAGUUUGUGAUUGGAGGGGGGUUAAAGGGGUAG